AUGGAAGACCCCAUCGAUGGGCUGUUCACCAUGCUCCGCACAUGUGGCUCUUCUGAAGGCUUUAAGAAGCUCCAGAAUAUGCGCCAGGACCUGAUUGCUUCCCAAAAGGAGCUUGAAAAGCUCGAUGCUGCCUACAAUACGAACCUUGGUGCUCUGGCAAAGAAGGAAGCCCAACUGCAGGCGGAGAGGAGUCGGCAUGAGCGAGACGUAGCCGCCGAGAAGGAGCGGGUCAUACAGGCUGUAGAGAGCAAGGAAAGAACUGACGACAAGCUGAAGGACGAAAAGCAGAAGUUAGCGAGCAAGGGAGCUCAGCUGAAAGAGCAGGAACAGCGACUCCAGAACCUGAUCACUCAGUUGAAAGGCAAAGACAAUCGUAUCCAGACCCUCGAGAACGUCGAAAAGGAGAGAGACAGGCUGAGCCGUGAGUUGGCUUCGACAAGGCAGGAUCUCAGCACCAAGACCGGCGAGAUUACCAACGCUCUGGACAGCCUGGCUACUGUUCAGUCUUUUGUCGUGAGGCUCGAGGGCCUCCAGCCACAGAGAGACCGGAUCUGCGAAGCGCUUGGGGCCAUGUUCAACGAUGCCUACAGUUUCUUGGAUGAGUCCUUCGGCCCAGAUCUAGACAACAGCUGUCUCGUGGAUUCCACGAUUUGGGAAAGUCCGCCAAAGAAAUGA